AUGGGAGGUAAACUGAGCAAGAAGAAGAAGGGGUACAGUGUCAAUGACGAAAAAGCUAAAGACAAAGACAAGAAGGCUGAAGGAGCAGCAACUGAGGAAGAGGAAACUCCAAAGGAGGCUGAGGAUGCUCAGCAAACCACAGAGACCACAGAAGUGAAAGAGAACACCAAGGAGGAGAAGGGUGAAAAAGAUACUCAGGUCGCUGCCAACAAGAUAGAAGAAAAAGAAGGAGAGAAGGAGAAAACAGUGACCCAGGAUGAAAGCCAGAAACCAGAACCCGAGAAGUCGGAGGCUGUUGUUGAUGCGAAAGUGGAGCCACAGAAGAACAACGAACAGGCACCCAAGCAAGAGGAGCCAACUGCAGCCUCUGCUCCUGCUGCCAGUAGCGAAGCACUCAAAACUUCUGAGCCUAGCAAUGAUGCAAAAGCUUCAGAGGCCACAGCUCCCAGUAAAGCAGAUGACAAGAGCAAAGAGGAAGGGGAAGCCAAAAAGACUGAGGCUCCCGCAGCACCUGCAGCCCAAGAAACUAAAAGUGAAGUGGCCCCAGCUUCAGACUCAAAACCUAGCAGCAGCGAGGCUGCACCUUCUUCCAAGGAGACGGCAGCAACAGCAGCACCUAGUUCCACUGCUAAGGCCUCAGACCCUGCAGCCCCACCAGAGGAAGCGAAACCUUCUGAAGUUCCAGCGACUAAUUCGGAUCAAACCAUAGCAGUGCAAGAUUAA